AUGACUCUGUGCUGCGAAUUUCCGUUGUAUGUAAAUAAAAUUGACGUUAAGGCUGAGAUUAACUGUAUCACACAAACAGCUAAAACAAAUGUUAAAAUGAUACUUCAUUCAAUGUAUUCUCCUGACCAAAAAAUUGCACCAUCAGAUUUGGCAUUUGUUAUUAUAGUUCCAUCUCUCAAUGGAAUUAUGUCAGACGUUAAUGUUAAUUAUUUAGAAAAAAGUGAUGUACAUCCUAGUUGUUAUGCAACAUCAUUAGAAAAUGUUAAGAGUCUAUCACCAACACAUAUGCAAUUAAUUAGAAAAAAAAAUACAAAGAAUCUGACUCCAAUUUUCUUAUUAACAGGAACGAUUGCUGGGUAUGAUGCUUAUAGUAGUAUCACAUUAUCUUAUACUAUUGAUCAUCCAUUAGUACAAUUACCAUCAAAUUCAUUAACUUUUUAUUCAUUAGGAAGAGAUCUUAUGAAAGAUACUCGUUUUUUUGAGAUGGAAAUGGUAAUAUAUAGUAAGGAGAAAGUUGGAAAUAUUAAAUUUACGUUACCAAUGAUUUCUUCUUUUACGUCUGUAAAAACUGAUCAAUUAUAUAAAACAACAUUACAUAGAUUUAAAUUAUCACCUCAAACUGAUCUUGAGUUAUUAAAAAAGAAAGAUAUGAAUACAUAUAUUUAUACAGAUAUGACAGGUGAUUUUAUUGCACAAUAUAAUAAUGGUCUCUUUUUACAGAUGAAUAUUACAAAAGGAUUGAGUGAAUUUAGAGAAAAGUAUUUAAGUAUUGUUAUUGAUUUAACUUUACAAAAAGAAGAAUUACAGUGGUGUAAAGCGUAUCUUAUAGGAUUAUUAAUUCUUUGUGAAACAAGGAAUUCAUUAUCAGGACUUAAUGUUUAUACUGUUCAAUCAACUACAACAAGUUGUUCUAUUUUUCAAUUAAAUAAUCAAUACUUUAAUAAUCCAACACAUGACGAUUUUAAAAGUGCUAUUAAUUUCAUUGAAGAAUUAACCCCUUCAGAAACUGAAUCAAUUACUGAUGUUGUAAUAACUCAAUUUAUUCCCUUUGAGUUAACUACUGAUGUAGUAUUUGCUACUCAAUCAAGAACAACAACACUUUAUAUGAGUGAAAAAUUUAAAACACAUUAUAUCUUUUGUGGAGAAUUAUUAAAUUUAUAUUCAGCAUGGUGUCUUAAUACAUGUAAUAGAUAUUUUGAUCUUGUUGGGCCAAAUAGAUUAAGUGAUUUAGAAAGAGGAAUUUGGGGAUUAUAUUCUGCUAUUGUAGCACGUAAACUAUCAUUAACUAAAAUGGAAAUUGAAUAUGAAAAUAUGGAAGAAACAUUAGAUAUUCUUGAUUUAGGAUCAAGCCAAUCAACUCCUAGUUUUACAUAUAUUGAUGGAGGUGUUGUUAAACUAUUCUUCCCAAUGAAUAAAAAAGUUAAAGCACCAAUUAAAGUUCAUUCAUUAUUUAGAAAUGAAGAAUUUGGUACAGAAGAAGUUGAAGAUAAAAUUAUUGAUAUGGAAAUGGAAUUUAAUGAAGACCAAUCUUUUAUUUCAGAAUAUAAUCAAUUACAUGCAAUGGGGUCUAAAGAAUUAUUGGUUAUGGCAACAGAACAUCGAGUGGCAUCAACGUAUUCUAUUCUUGAUUCAUCACCAACAGUAUGUUGUUAUUUCAGUUAUUCACAAAGUAAACCAUUACCUAAGAAAAUACCUACUGCUGAAUUACAAUUAAUAUCAAGUAGAACUCCAAUAGAUAAUCCAAAACCAGAACAAGGGGAUUAUGAACCAGAUGAUAAAAUUAAACAUUUUAUUACUUCAACCUUAAAUAAAUUAAGUGAAAUGACAUUUGCAGGGGUUGUUACUGAUUUAUUGACAAUUGAUUAUUCUAAUUCAUGUGUAAUUACAUAUCUUGCAAAAACAAUUGUAAAUAAAGCAUCACGUGAUUUAAAAUAUAUUCCAUUUUAUGCUGAUUUAUGUGUUUCAUUAUCAAUAUUUAUUUCUUCAAAUUUUACACAAACAUUAUUAAAUUUACUAAAUAUUGAAUUUAAUGUAAGAAAUAUAUCAGAAUCAUAUUUACUUUCAAAAUCAAAUUCAUUGUCUCCUGAAGUUAUUCAACGUAUUCUUUCUCAAUCACAUAUUCGUUUUUCAGCUAUUAUUCGAUUUAUAGGACAUUUAAAUCUUAGAGGAUUUGUACCUUCUUACUUUAUGAUAACUGUUAUUAGAGAAUUACUUAAAGACUGCACAGACCAAUCAUUUGAAUAUUUAAAUCUUUUACUUAGAAUUAUUGGUGAAGUUUGGGAUUCUUCAAGUGAUAUUUCAUUUAUGAUGGAUGAAGUAUUUGAAACUAUUGAAUACACAUUGAGUCAUCCACAAGGUAUUUGUAAUAGAACAAAAUUCAUGUUAAUGGACUUAAUAGAUCUUAGAGAUUUGAAUUGGGCUAAACAAACUAAAAAACCUCCUUCAUUAGCUAAGCCAGGAGAAUCAUUUGAUCCUUCAAUGCAAACUAUAGAUGAAGAAGCCCUACGUAAUGAAACUGAAGGUUCUUUUAUUGAUGAUGCUUAG